AUGGCUACCCCUGCAACUCGUACUCAAGUCCUCUCUCUGUAUCGAAACUUUCUGCGUUAUGGAAACAAGUUUUCCUCCUACAACUUCCGCGAUUACGCUGUGCGACGUUCCAGAGACGCAUUCCGUGCCAAUGCCAACGAAGCCGAUCCCGAAAAGAUAGCAGCCAUGAUCAGCAAGGCCGAGAAGGAACUCGAGGUUGUCAAACGUCAGGCACUUAUUAGCACCUUGUAUACCACCGGCGAGAAGCUUGUUGUUGAAACCACUGUUAAGCCUAGAGCUGCGUAA